UAUUUUUCAAAGUUCUGCUCAUUAUAAUUAUAAACUGUAGAAUUUAUGAAACUUUAGAUCCCACAGAAUUAAACCCACAUGAUGUGAUCAUUUAAUAUUUCUAUAUUGACAGCAUGACAGUGUCUGAGCUUCUGGCUUUCAGCUCACACCCUCGUGGGGCAUGUGUCUCCGUCGUGUUAAGUGAACACCAGCGGAGCAGAGCGGCCACACCGGGCCUGUGUCGUGUGUGUUGUUCCUCACUCGAUGGGAAGGGGAGUGUUACAGUACAACAGCGACUCACUCCUCGCUCGCAGGCGCCUGAGCGCUGACGGUGGAGGUCGUUGGGGUUUUUCCUGAGCCGGAGAAUGAGGACGAACCCCGCGAACAGACGGUCGUGAGAUCGUGAGCAGUCAUGAGAACCAAAGGCGUCACCUGUGGACAGGAUGGAGGAACGGAGCAGCCCGACUGAAGGUGUUUCUCCUGUGAAACCAGCUCAGGAAAUCCUCUCUGCACGUGACCCUGCUAGCGAAGGAAAUGCCGCUCCCACUGAGCUCAUCAGCAGUAAGUGGAAAAGCAGUAACCAACAAAGCGUGAGACAAAGCGGCCCCGACGAGCCCACCUGUCCAGGCCGCGGCCUCCGCCCAGGCCGGGGCUCCGUGCUGCCGGUGCACAGCGGCAGAACCAGCACCAGGAGCAGCCGGGAGGCGCCCCAUCAACCUGCCACGACCCAGAGCGACUCCUGCUUCCGGCUGCUGCUGGCCUGCCUGUGGUGCCAGUGCUCGGCGCUGCUCCUGGCUCUGCUGGAGGCCUGCUCCUCCUGCCUGCACGCGCUCUGCGCCUCCUGCUGCGCCGCCUGCGCCCGCUGCUGCGCCCGCUGCUGCGCCGCCGUCCGCGAGGCGCCCGUGGAGGAGCUCCACUGCCACGCCCACUGCCACGCCGUCCUGUUCCAGUCGUGCUGCGAGCCCACCGAGUGUCUGGAGUUCUGCCUGGAGUGCUGCCAGAUGUGCCACCGCAGCUAGAUGGCGGUGGGAGCGUUGGUGAUGCCGGAUCAGACCGCAGCCGCUUGACCUUGUGAAGGUCGAGGGCGUUCUGGAGUCAUUGGGUGAGACAGGCCCAUGUCCAGGGACAGAAACCAUCUGCAAUUUAGAGUCUGCAGUUAAACCAAUUGCACAUUUAUGGACUGUGAGAGGACACCAGCAGGACCUAAAGGACCAGAAAAGCACCAAGUAUGAGCUACUGGAACCACUGAGACUAGAAGCAGGGCCACUGGUCCAACUCAAACCUGCCUGAAGCUCAUCCAACGGUCUUUUGAGACAUCUCUACUUUAGACAGCCACGAAAAUCAGGAUUUCAUCCAUGGUGGAAUUUAUUAAUAGUCUGGGGUUGAAUAAGUAUCACAGAAAGACCUACUGCAGCUAGUAGCAGCAACAGCGCAUUGGAAAAAAGAAAAAAAACUGUGUUUGUACAUGAAGUUGCAUUUAAUGACUUUGACCUGGCGAGACCCUGAACGAGAGGGUUCUGCCUCUUUGUUCGGUUUUGUAUAGCGUCUCAUGUUAUAAGAUUGCUGGUUUGACUUCUACCUUUGCAGCUGAGAAACAGGGCGACACAAAACUUGUCAGCUCCCUCUUGAAUCCCCUUUUCAUAUUUGUCACAUAAAGUGCUUGGAACAUAAAAGGACGCUCAUCCUCUCCAGAUCUUGGGAGAUCGAAGGCGGCUCCUUUUUAAAGUCAUCCUGCGAGAUGACAGCGUGGAGGCAGAGUAAACAGCCAAAAAUAAAACAAAGCGCCGAUAAAGACAACGCUGUCAAUCUGUCCGCGGCGAGCCAAGAGGCUCAUUUAAAUCACGUUACAGCCAGUAAAUCGAAUUUAAGCAUCUCUUUUGCCCACAACACAUUUGGAUUCCGCUUGUGACAAGAAGCAGCGGCGACGUUUAAUUUAGAGCAUGGCGAGCGUUCGGCAACCGACAAACACUCAGGUUUGUUCCACUUGUCCCCCUCAAUUUGUUCUAGCCUUUACCCACCGCUGAUGUGAGCUCCCACUAACAACUGCUGUUAGUCAUGACGCUGUGGAUGUAUCACACAGUCAUACAGGUUUGUAUAGUGUAUGUGCCUUUGGAUAUUAUUUAAAAUAAAAGUUGUAAUAAAGCAUCACCGGUCCAUCUAGAA